GGCGGCUGCAGGGCAGAGAGCGGGGAGUAGAGAGUAGAGAGAGAGAGAGAGAGAGAAAUAUUUCAUCAAUUAAAAAAAGGAUUUGCUCUGAUUCGGCGCGUUUUAUUGGUUCAUUCCCAACACCAACAGUUGAUAUAAGAUGGAAAAAGAGCGAUGAGGAGUGUUACAGGGCACAGCUAACGGACUGAAUCAUGGCUCAGUUUCCCACGCCCUUUGGAGGGGGGCUCGACACGUGGGUUAUCUCUGCGGACGAGAGAGCCAAACAUGAUCAACAGUUCCAUAGCCUGGCCCCCACACCUGCUGGCUUCAUCACAGGUGACCAGGCCAAGAAUUUUUUCCUGCAGUCAGGCUUACCUGCCCCGGUUCUGGCCCAGAUAUGGGCUCUGGCCGACAUGAACAACGACGGCAAGAUGGAUAUGCACGAGUUCUCAAUCGCCAUGAAGCUAAUCAAGCUGAAGCUGCAGGGCCACCCUCUGCCCCCGACCCUGCCCCCAUCCAUGAAGCAGCCGCCUCUCUCUUUACCUCCUCCAGCUCCUUUCGGAAUGCCCUCUAUGGGCCCUAUGACGGGUUUACCAGCAGUGCCACCCAUGCCCCUCCCACCUCUUCCUCCUGGGGUACCCGGGAUGGGCAUGUCACCCCCUUUGGUGUCAUCUGUGACUCCUCCUAUACCUCCUAUGGCCAAUGGAGCCCCUUCUAUGAUACAGCCCAUAUCUGGCUUUUCACACCCAGGCACAGCUGUGAACAAAAGCUCUUCUUUCAACCGCUCCAGUGCCAAACUUCCCAAAGGCCAGUCCUUUGAGACACCCAGUGCUCCUGCAGCCCCUGUACCCUCCGAUUGGGCCGUGCCCCAGUCAUCACGGCUAAAGUAUCGCCAACUCUUCAACAGCCAUGACAAGAUGAUGAGCGGCCAUCUUACAGGACCACAGGCUAGAACUAUUCUCAUGCAGUCCAGUCUACCACAGGCCCAGCUGGCUACCAUUUGGAACCUGUCGGACAUCGAUCAGGACGGAAAGCUCACAGCCGAGGAGUUUAUUUUGGCCAUGCACUUGAUCGACAUGGCCAUGUCUGGCUUGCCCCUCCCACCUCUGCUGCCACCUGAUCUUCUUCCCCCAACAUUCAGGUCUCUACCUGAAUUGAACACAUCAUUUCCCAUGAGGGUCCGUUCUGGCAGUGGUGUCGGUACUACCAGCAUACACCCUACAGAUCAGCGAGUUCAGGAGGAGGCUGCAGAAGAAGAGGAGAAAGAGGCAGAGAAAAAGCUUCCAGUCACCUUUGAGGACAAGAAACGGGAGAACUUUGAGCGAGGCAACCUGGAGCUGGAGAAACGGCGACAGGCCCUGCUUGAGCAGCAGCGUAAGGAACAGGAGCGUCUGGCGGCUCUCGAGCGAGAGGAGCAGGAGCGGAAGGAGCGAGAACGGCAGGAACAGGAGCGGCGUCGACAGCAGGAGCUCGAGAAGCAGCUGGAAAAGCAGCGAGAGCUGGAGAGACAGCGGGAAGAGGAGCGGCGCAAGGAGAUUGAGAGAAGAGAGGCCGCUAAGCGGGAACUGGAGCGGCAGCGGCAGCUGGAGUGGGAGAGGAACCGCAGACAGGAGCUGCUGACCCAGAGAAACCGGGAACAGGAGAACAUUGUCCUGCUCAAAGCACGGAAGAAAACCCUCGAGUUUGAACUGGAGGCUUUGAAUGAUAAGAAGUCUCAGCUGGAAGGAAAGCUGCAGGAUAUCCGUUUCCGUCUGUCCACUCAGAGGCAGGAGAUUGAGAGCACUAAUAAGACGCGGGAGCUCCGUAUCGCUGAGAUCACCACACUGCAGCAGCAGCUACAGGAGUCUCAGCAAUUGCUGGGAAGACUGAUCCCUGAUAAACAGUGUCUGAAUGAUCAGCUGAAGCAGGUGCAGCAAAACAGCCUACAUAGGGACUCGCUGUCCAAUCUGCAGAAGGCUGUGGAGAUGAAAGAGGCGACCAGGCAGCAACUCCGUGAGCAGCUGGAGGCGGUGGAGAAAGAGACACGCUCCAAACUGCUGGAGAUAGAUGCAUUUAAUUCACAGCUGAAGGAGCUCAGGGAGAUCCACAACAAGCAACAACGACUAAAGCAAAAGGAGUUGCAGCCUCCACUGGACACCAAACCUGCAGAGCUGCAGGAGAGCAGACUUUUGGGCUCUGAUGACACCGUGUCUCCUGCCUGGCGGGACUCCACGUUAGCGAAGGACCCCACACCGCCAGUUUCCGAGCCCUGGGUCAGCCACCUGGGAGAGGAAGAGAGCCAGAGCUCUAGAGGAGAUGUGCAAGACAAAUUUUCCAAGCUGUUCAUGCAGCAUUCAGAGCCAAACAAACAGCUGGGGCCAUCACCCUGGCCACCAGGAGAUAAAGUGUCCAUGUCUGGGUUCAACCAGGAGAAGGUAAGAGUGGUGUACUACAGAGCACUUUACCCUUUCGAGGCCCGCAGUCAUGAUGAGAUCAGCAUCCAGCCUGGAGACAUAGUCAUGGUGAAAGGGGAGUGGGUGGACGAAUCUCAGACGGGUGAACCUGGCUGGUUAGGAGGAGAGAUCAAAGGCAAGACCGGCUGGUUUCCUGCUAACUAUGCAGAAAAGAUUCCCGAAUCCGAUGUCCCUGUCAAUCUGAGAGCCAGCGCCUUCACCUCCAAGCUGAGUACACGCAUCACUCCCACCCCCACCUCGACCACGCCCACAGCCAUGCAGCCCAUACCCACGGACACGGUAGUGGCGCCUCCGCCCCCUGCAGUUCCAGCCGUUCCAGCCGCUCCAGCUGCUGCUUCUACGUCUUCAUCUGCUUCUAGUAACUGGGCAGAUUUCAGUACAACAUGGCCGACAAACUCGGCAGCAGAGAAGCAGGACGCUGAUGGUUGGGAGGCGUGGCCAACCCAACCAACGCAGCCUUCUCUGUCUGUGCCAAGUGGAGGGCAAGGCAGACAACGCUCAGCCUUCACUCCUGCAACUCUUUCUGGCUCCUCCCCCUCACCCGUGCUUGGACAGGGGGAGAAGGUGGAGGGGAUGCAGGCUCAGGCUCUGUAUCCGUGGCGGGCAAAGAAGGAUAAUCACCUGAACUUCAACAAGAGUGACGUGAUCACCGUUCUGGAGCAGCAGGAUAUGUGGUGGUUCGGCGAAGUACAGGGUCAGAGAGGCUGGUUCCCCAAAUCUUACGUCAAGCUCAUUUCCGGACCCGUGCGCAAGUCGAUGAGUAUUGAGUCAGGAUCCUCAGACAGUCCUCCCACCAUGAAGAGGCCCAGUCCCACUCCAAAUAAACCCAUGGAGCUUGGCGAAGAGUACAUAGCAAUGUACACAUAUGAAAGCAACGAGCAGGGUGAUCUGACCUUCCAGCAGGGUGAUGUCAUCACAGUGCUGAAGAAAGAGGGGGAUUGGUGGACGGGAACAGUAGGAGGCAAGACCGGCGUUUUCCCCUCCAAUUACGUCAAGCCCAAAGACUCUGAGGGUCUGGGGCCUGCUGGGAAAUCCGGAAGUCUAGGAAAGAAACCAGAGAUCGCUCAGGUCAUUGCCCCCUACACUGCCACUGGGUUAGAGCAGCUGACUCUAGCACCUGGCCAGCUCAUCCUCAUCCGCAAGAAGAACCCCGGGGGCUGGUGGGAAGGAGAACUACAGGCCAGAGGAAAGAAGCGUCAGAUCGGAUGGUUCCCAGCUAAUUAUGUGAAACUCUUAAGCCCAAGCACCAGUAAAACCACACCCACUGAGCCAACUCCACCCAAACUGCCUACACCAAAUGCAGUGUGCCAGGUGAUCGGUAUGUACGACUACACGGCUCAGAACGAUGACGAGUUGCCCUUUGGGAAGGGACAGAUCAUCAACGUCCUGAGCAGGGAGGAUCCUGAUUGGUGGAAAGGCGAGCUGAACGGUUCCAUCGGCCUUUUCCCUUCCAACUACGUCAAACUGACCACCGACACUGACCCCAGCCAGCAAUGGUGCGCUGACCUUCACCUGCUGGAUAUGUUGACCCUGAUGGAGAGGAAAAGGCAGGGCUACAUCCACGAGCUCAUCGUCACCGAAGAGAACUAUGUGAACGACCUGCAGUUGGUCACUGAGACCUUCCAGAAGCCUCUGCUGGAGUCAGAGUUGCUGACUGAGAAGGAGGUGGCCAUGAUCUUUGUUAACUGGAAGGAACUCAUCAUGUGCAACAUCAAACUGCUCAAGGCAUUGCGGGUAAGAAAGAAGAUGUCGGGCGAGCGCAUGCCUGUGAAGAUGAUUGGUGACAUACUGACAGCACAACUGCCCCACAUGCAGCCCUACAUUCGCUUCUGCAGCUGUCAGCUCAACGGUGCUACCCUCAUCCAGCAGAAGACGGACGAGGUACCCGACUUCAAGGACUUUGUCAAGAGAUUGGCAAUGGAUCCUCGCUGUAAAGGAAUGCCUUUGUCUAGUUUCCUGCUCAAACCCAUGCAGAGAGUCACCCGCUACCCUCUUAUCAUCAAAAAUAUUCUGGAAAACACUCCGGAAAGCCACCCGGAUCACAGCCACUUGCGUCAGGCUCUGGAGAAGGCCGAGGAGCUGUGCUCACAGGUGAACGAAGGUGUGCGCGAGAAGGAGAACUCGGACCGAUUGGAGUGGAUACAAGCGCACGUGCAGUGUGAGGGGCUGUCUGAGCAACUGGUAUUCAACUCUGUGACCAACUGCCUGGGCCCUCGCAAGUUCCUGCACAGUGGGAAGCUCUACAAGGCCAAGAGCAACAAGGAGCUCUAUGGCUUCCUCUUCAAUGACUUCCUGCUCCUGACGCAGGUCAUCAGGCCACUGGGCUCCUCGGCUUCCGACAAAGUGUUCAGCGCCAAGUCUCACUUGCAGUAUCGCAUGUAUAAAACGCCCAUCUUCCUGAACGAGGUUCUGGUCAAGCUCCCGACUGAUCCCUCUGGAGACGAGCCCAUCUUUCAUAUAUCGCACAUAGACAGAGUGUACACCAUACGGGCAGAGAGCAUCAAUGAGAGGACCGCAUGGGUGCAGAAAAUCAAGGCUGCCUCUGAGCUCUUUAUUGAGACAGAAAAGAAGAAAAGGGAAAAGGCUUAUCUGGUUCGGUCUCAGAGAGCUACAGGCAUCGGGAGGCUGAUGGUCAACAUCGUAGAAGGAAUUGAGUUGAAACCCUGCCGCUCUCAUGGUAAAAGUAAUCCAUAUUGUGAGGUGACCAUGGGAUCACAGUGCCACAUCACUAAGACAAUGCAGGACACACUGAACCCCAAAUGGAACUCUAACUGCCAGUUUUUCAUCAAAGACCUGGAGCAGGAUGUGUUGUGUGUAACUGUGUUCGAGAGGGACCAAUUCUCCCCUGAUGAUUUCCUGGGCAGGACAGAGAUUCGACUGGCGGACAUUAAAAAGGAUCAGGGCUCGAAAGGUCCAAUCACCAAGAGGCUUCUCUUACACGAGGUCCCCACAGGAGAGAUAGUGGUCAGACUUGACCUGCAGCUAUUUGACGAACCCUGACCCUUGUGAACUUUGAUCUCCUCCACCCUAGAUUUCCAUACUUCCUCCUGUACUGUGUUUCCAGCCUGACGUGACAAUCCCACACCACUCUACACCACGCCCCUGUGUGUGUGUCUGUGUGUGUGUGUUAGAGAGAGAGGAAAUACAAGGCGAUGGAUGUCAUGAGUAAGCUGUAACAGUCUUAAGCAAUCUUUCACUUUCUUUUCUUUUUUCUUUUUAGUUAAAUAUUGUGGUUUAUAUAGAUAUAUAUAGUGUGUUAAAGGGAUACUCCAGUGUUUCUCAAUGCAACAGCUUGUGUAGUGUAUGUGAGACUUUCACAGAGGGAAGUUGAUCUGUAGUGAAAAGAGAACAAAACACACUUAAUUUGGAAGUGUGAGGGCAGUUGUUGGUGUAAAAUGUGGGCAUAUAUUCUAUUAAAAUUAUUCAACUUUAUGGUCUACUAAAGGUUUUAGGAUGAAACGGAUAUGGGAGAAAGCAGUUCGAAUAGUUUUUUAGCUUGCGAUUAUGAUUUUUUUUUGAGUAUGAACAGAUAACAUUCAUGUCCCAACAUGAUAAUGGCCCACAAAGCGAGGUUCAUGAAAACAUGCAAACCAUGGUUGAAGUGGAAGAUCUCAAGUGUCUCGAGAACUCAAGAGCCGUGACCUCGACGUCACUGAACACCUUUAGGAUGAACUGGAGCACCGACUGCACCCCAGAUCUCCUCACCUGCCAUCAGUGCCAAACCUCACUAAAGCUCUUGUAGCUGAAUGAUCACAAAUCCACACAGCCACAUAUGAUGGAAAGCCUUCACCAGAAGAGUGUGGAUUUUCAUUAUAAAUCUGCAAUGGCAUUUUCAAGAAUUGUUAUUGUUGAGCUUCAGCAUAUUUUUGGCUAUAUAGUGUAAUAUUAAGCAGAUAUAAAUGCAAUAUAUAACAAAACCAUUACAAACCAGCUGCCCUUAAACUCCCAGUGUAGAUGAGAUUUGUUUACAUAUUUUGUUCUUUUGUCACUACAGUGAAAUGUGUCAAGUGAUAAUCAUACACUGAUCAGGCAUAGCAUUAUGACCACCAAGAGGUGACGUGACUAACACUGAUCAUCAUGGCACCUGUUAGUGACUGGGAUAUAUUAGGUGACUGGAUCAGAGCAUCUCCAAAACUGCAGCUCUUGUGGGGUGUUCCCGGUCUGCAGUGGUCAGUAUCUAUCAAAAGUGGUCUAAAGAAGGAACAAUGGUGAACCGGAAACAGGGUCAUGGGCGGCCAAGGCUUAUUGAUGGACAUGGGGAGCGAAGGCUGGCCCGUGUGAUCCGAUCCAACAGAUACUGUUGCUCAAAUUGCUGAAGAAGUUAAUGCUGGUUCUGAUAGAAAGGUGUCAGAAUACACAGUGCAGGACGGGUCAGGGCAGUUUUGGCAGCAAACGUGGGACCAACACAAUAUUAUGCGGGUGGUCAUAAUGUUAUGCCUGAUCGGUGUAUAUGGACUACAGAUUUGAUGGAUAGAUGUCAUGCUGUAAAAUGCUGGAUUACUCCUUUACGCCUUCACAGAAAUCCAAACACUGAAUUGAAAAAGUAGUGAAAAUAAGUCAUAAUAAAUUUGUCUAAAUGAUUGAUAUGUUGUCCAAGUUUAAAAUCUAGAAUGCAGAUCACAAAACUAGGUCUAGAAUUCAAGGAUCAGAAAUGAUUUGAGUUCUAGAAUGAUAGAACUACACUAUAUUGCCAAAAGGUUUGGGACACCCCUCCAAAUCAUUGGAAUUCAGGGGUUGGACCAGUGAAAAGUGGUUUGGACCUUUAGUUCCAGUGAAAGGAACUCUUAAUGCUUCAGCAUACCAAGACAUUUUGGACAAUUUCAUGCUCCCAACUUUGUGGGAACAGUUUGGGGAUGACCCCUUCCUGUUCUAACAUGACUGCACACCAGUGCACAAAGCAAGGUCCAUAAAGACAUGGAUGAGUGAGUUUGGUGUGGAGGAACUUCACAGAGUCCUGACCUCAACCUGACAGAACACCUCUGGGAUGAAUUAGAGCGGAGACUGUGAAGAGGCCUUCUCAUCCAACAUCAGGACCUGACCUCACAAAUGUGCUUCUAGAGUCAAAAAUUCUCAUAAACACACUCCUAAACCUCGUGGAAAGCCUUCCUAGAAGAGUUGAAGCUGUUACAGCUGCAAAAGGGCGGAAGAACUCCAUAUUACAUUCAAGUGCAUGUAACGUCCCAAAACUUUUGGCAAUAUCGUGUAUGUUCUAGAAUGAAUUUCUAAUCACUGAGAGGGUCCAAAACUGAAGCAUUUGUGCCAUGCCAUGAAAGCCUCAAAUAGACAUGGUACAUAGCGGGGUUUGGUUUUGUUUUUUAAUCCAGAGUUUUGCUGUAUUGGGGGGAAAAAACACAAUUUGUGAACAUUCCAGUCUUAUUUUGCAUUGCUGUAUGUUGUGGUGUUUUAUUUAUCCUUUCCAUGUCACAUAAUCAGCAGGCUGGUUUUGGGAAAAUGUGAUUAUGAUCGUGACGUUUCAACGACAGUACUUCUCUCUAGCUGUAGGUUUCAUUGCUCUGUAGUCUUUUCGGGUUCUCCUGGUGGUUAAUGCCCUUGGCCUUCAGAGUGCUAGGUGUUGAAGGUGAACUGCGUGAGAAGGGCGGUGAACAUUUGUUUAACAAAGUGACCAAGACUGAAGUGAAUUCAAUGUGUAAGCAUUCUUUUGUUUUUGUUUUUUUUUUACGUAUUGUAGAAAUACCACUGGAUUUUUAAUGCUUAGAGCCACUUUUUUACCACUGCUAACCCAGCGAGUUCUCCCUCGAAUCGUGUCAAAUACUUCUGAAAUGCUGUAAAUCCAGAUCCAAUGAUGAGUUUGGGUUUUGUUUUUUGUUUUUUGUUUUUGUCUUCUUGUCCUUUUUCAUGGGUUUUUGUUUGCUACACAAAGUAAGCUAUUUAACACUGAAUAAUAUUUAUCAUCAAUAAUGAAUUGUAUUACUAAUGUGUUUCCCUUUUUUUUUCCCCCAUUCCUGUCCAUCCAUUUUCCUUUAAACAAUGAGUCCUGCUUAGAGCAUAGCGGUAGCGGUUAACACUGUAAUUGGGUUAUAUUUGUAAAGAUGAGAAAUACAAGGGUGUGUUUCAUAGCGUAUGUGUUUCUCCUUAUUUUUGUUGUUGUUGUUGUUGUUUUUCCUUUGGGGGUGGGGGGGUUGAAAAUGGAAUAUAGUGGUACAUAGUAGGAGAAAGCAGGCAGUUGCGUUACAUAGAAGUGAUUGUGUAUAAAUGAUGUAUUUUCAAGAGGACAGGACAGACGAUUUUCUCCCACAUUGUGUUUCAUAAAAAAAAAGGAAUGAAAGACAAAAAAAGUGCAUUCUUCAGAAUAUAUUUCUACAUGCAUUAUUAUUAUUAUUAUUAUUAUUAUUAUUUUAAUUCCGGGGUUUGAAAGUGAAUAGAUGGGUGGAUUGGGUGAGAAUGGUAGCAUUAUUAAGCUGAGGAGAGUUUGGUGGGUGUGUGUGUGUGUGCGCGUGUGUGUGUGUGUGUGUGUGUGUGAGAAAUAUUUUGUUUAGAGGACAUUGAAGGUUUACCUCUUACCUCUUUUUCUCCUUGCAUCUGUCUGUCCCUCAUCACCUCUCUCUCUCUCUCUCUCUCUCUCUGUACAUUACGAAUCUGUAGGCUCUUCCCCUGUAUUUUUUACCAAGUCCCAAUGAGUUGACAGUACCGUAUGUGUUUGUGUUUAAAUCUUUGAAAGGAGUAUAA